CACCAUCAACCUCUCGCACCGAGCGGAGCGGAAACAGUUGGGAUUGGGGAAAAACGUGGAGGACACAGUGUACCAGAGUGUGGUUUAUGGCGAAGACCCUAUGCGCUGCCGGUGCUCAUCGUUCUUCGAGUUCUUUGACAACGCGUUCCAAAUGAUCAAAUGCUGGUUAGCCUGGUCGCCCUGGCGGUCGCCAAGGCGUACCCCACGGAGUACGGCCACCACAGUCCUGCCACGUCGUACGCGUCCGUCAGCGUGCCAGUACACAUCACGCACACGCCGUCUUACUCGCACGCUCCGUCCUACUCGCACGCCCCGUCCUACUCGCAUGCGCCGUCCUAUUCGCCUGCUCCUUCCUACUCGCAUGCGCCGUCCUACUCGCAUGCCCCGUCGUACGCCCCAGCUCCGUCCUACUCCCCUGCGCCAUCCUACUCCCAUGCCCCAGCGUACGCGCCCUCCUACCACAAGCCGGAGCCCUCGGCGCACCCCAAGUACCAGUACAAGUACGGCGUGCACGACGGUCACACCGGUGACGUCAAGAGCGCCUCCGAGCACCGCGACGGCGGCUCGGUGAAGGGCGAGUACUCUCUGCUGCAACCCGACGGCACCACCCGGACGGUGCACUACACGGCCGACGACUACAGCGGCUUCAACGCCGUCGUCUCCGUCAGCGGCCACGCCUACCACCCGGAGACCCCCAAGUACUCGGCGCCCGCCUACCACGCCCCGGCACCAUCCUACCACCAGCCGUCGUACCACCAGCCGUCCUACUCCCCGGCGCCGUCGUACCCCAGCCACGGUGCGUCGUCCUACUCAUCCUCGGGCCACUACUGAUCGCGGCCGAGUCCAGCACACCACUGCCACCGCUCAUCCAUCCACACUCCCACACCUCGCCCGACAAUAAAAAAAACUGACCCUCUAA